CAAUCACUCAUUACUUCAUUGAUUACCUGUGGACCUUUUACUCCUUGUUCCUGCCCACGACCGACCGUGGCUCUCUCAUCUAGUUUUCGAUCUAAAUUCUUCUCUCCACAGAGUGGUUCAUGCAGCCGGCACUUUAGUCUCGUAAAGUCACUGCCACCCCUCCUGCUAGCCGGCCACAGCCACAACCUGCUUCGAGACCCCAAAUUCUUCCUCCCAUCUACCAGCAGCAAUCUUCAGCCCGCCACCGUCACACUCGCUGCAACCACCCUAAACACGGCAGCAACAAGCAGCCCAGCCUUCAGGAUGAUGGCUACAUCGUCUCUUCAAUUGCAGAGGGUUGCCUUAUCUGGUGGCUGUUGUGCACCCGAAGAGCCCACAACAGCCUCCUCAGCUGCACCCUCACUCACUUUCUCUGAGCACUCUGGUGAUGAGCAGGAUGUUGAUGAUGCCUUCCCCACUGAGACCCGCCGACGCCGUGCCUCUACUCGACUGAUUGCCCAGAAUGCUGAAGAUGUCCAGCGCAUCACUGGAGAGUCUACUGCCCAGCUUGCCGCCCGAUGCUGUGGUGGAGGCUGCUGUGUGAGCGCUGGUGGCAAGCAGGAUGGUGUCGAGUACGAAAAAGUUCAGCACCCAGACAAUGAUGCAUUCAAGUCACUCUGUCUGGAAGUCGACGAGAUCCCUACCAUCCUGACCAAUGUGGUCGAGCUGCCCGAGCAGACUGCCUGGCUGGAGCCACUUAGACGCCCUUCAGAUCUACCCUCCCCUCCUCUGUCAGCCAUCUCCCCUACUGCCACCACUCUUGGCACUUCAGAUAGCGACAACAGCCUACAGCAGGAGGAGGAGGAAGAAGUUGUCGAUACCUCCGUCCAGCCUCCAAAUUUUGUCCAACCUCACCCUCCGUUCCAUGUCCACGCCGUCAAGAUACACAAAGCUCGAGAGUUGACGCGUCCCGGCGCCGAGAAGAGAACGUUCCAUUUCGAUAUUGACGUCACCGACUACCCACACGCUGAAGGUGUCGACUUCAAAGUCGGAGGUGCCAUUGGUAUUACUGCCCCCAACGAGGAGGGCGAUGUGGAAGAGAUCCUCGACCUCCUCCUCGUGCCUCGCUUCCUGCGUGCUAAGCCCGUCAUGCUGCGGACCACCAAGGGCCGCUGGCCCACCGUCUGGGGUGACGACAAGGCCCGCGAGCUGGUCACCACCCGCCGCGACCUCCUAACCUGGUGCUCCGACAUCCAGUCCUACCCCCCUACCAAGCAGCUGCUGCGCAUCCUGGCUGAGCACGCGACCGAAGACAACGAGCGGAAGAUUCUGAUGUUUCUGUGCUCGGGCGACGGCCAGGGGGUCUUCUGCGACUUCCGCACCGGGCCCCACGUCUCGCUCUCCCAGCUGCUGCACGCCUUCCCCAGUUCGAAGCCGCCCUUGGACCUUCUCCUCAGCGUGCUCCAACCGCUCAUGCCCCGCUUCUACUCGCUGUCCAACGACCCCCACGACUCCUUCGAGACCCGGGACGGCAAGACACACCGUCUGAUCGAGAUUGCAGUUACGGUUCAUGAGACCGCAGACUGGAGGAAGGGAUCACGAACGGGCGUCGGUUCGGGCUUCUUCCAGCGCCAGGCGCUCCGAUACAUCGAGGCGGAGGAGCGCGGCGUCAAGGAUCCUCAGGUCUACAUUCCCAUGUUCAAGGGUCUGAUGGCCAACCCACUGGCCAAGGAGUUCGUGUCGGACGGACCCAUGCUCCUUAUCGGGGCCGGUGUGGGCAUUGCGCCGUUCCGCGGCUUUGUGCAGCGCCGGCUCAAGACGGCCAACUGCGCCAACAAGGUCUGGGUGCUGCAAGGCAUUCGAGACUCGCUCGUCGACGAGAUCUACAGCGGCGAGUGGGGCGUGCACGAGGACGAGGUCAAGCGGGUGGUGGAGAGCCGCGUGGGCGAGGGCCGCUACGUCCAGGAGGAGGUUCUCCACCAGGCCGACUUGGUCUGGUAUGUCAUCAAUGCCGUCGACGGCCGCGUGUUCGUCUGUGGCAGCAGCAAGGGCAUGGGCGAGGGUGUCGAGGACGCACUGAUCAAGGUGGCCAUGCAGAAGGGCAACCUGGGAGAGAGCGAGGCUAAGAAGUACUGGGACCUCAAGAAGGAGGUCGGCCAAUAUAUCGCCGAGACCUGGUGAU